AUGUUAAUUUCAAGGUCACCCAGUGCACGGAAUGGUAGUGAAAUUGAAGGCCCUACUUUUAUAGUGACCAUUACUCAGACGUAUACCGAGUUAUUACUAUGCAAGAAACGGAAUUUCAGGAAAGUGGUACCAUUCAAAAUUGUCCGCGCAUCCAAUGGUGACGCAUGGGUUGAAGCGCAGGGCAAAAUGUACUCACCGUCCCAGAUGAAGUGGUCUCAUGAAUAUUUUGAUGGUUUUUUAACAUUGGAAUAUUUGCAGGCAACAAAGGAUGCAGGUAAAAUAGCUGGUUUGAAUGUGCUGCGUGUAAUCAACGAGCCAACUGCAGCAGCUUUAUCAUACGGACUCGAUAAAGCCGAAGAUAAAAUCAUUGCGGUUUAUGAUUUGGGCGGUGGCACGUUCGAUAUAUCAGUGCUUGAGAUCCAGAAGGGUGUCUUUGAAGUGAAGUCAACCAACGGCGAUACGUUCCUUGGGGGCGAAGAUUUUGACAACGCACUUGUUAAUUAUCUUGCUGCUGAGUUUAAGAAAGAUUCCGGAAUUGACAUUCAUAAGGACCCAAUGGCGAUGCAGCGCCUUCGUGAAGCUGCUGAGAAGGCGAAGUGCGAGCUUUCGUCAACAACACAGACCGAUAUCAAUCUGCCGUAUCUGACGAUGGAUUCGUCCGGGCCGAAACAUAUGAAUCUGAAAUUGAAGCGCGCAGAGUUUGAAAAGCUUGUGGCUGAUCUUAUCAAGCGAACGGUCGAUCCGUGCCGCAAAGCGAUGCAUGAUGCAGAAAUAAAGCCGUCUGACAUUGGCGAGAUUUUACUUGUUGGAGGAAUGACCAGAAUGCCGAAGGUCCAGCAAACUGUGCAAGAAGUAUUCGGUAAGCAGCCAUCGAAAGCAGUGAAUCCAGAUGAAGCAGUGGCUAUUGGUGCGGCCAUACAAGGUGCCGUGAUGGCUGGUGAUGUGACGGAUGUUCUGUUGCUCGAUGUAACACCACUUUCAUUGGGCAUCGAAACACUCGGUGGCGUGAUGACCAAGCUUAUCCAGAGAAACACAACCAUACCUACAAAGAAAAGCCAGGUAUUUUCGACUGCAGCAGAUGGACAGACCCAAGUGGAAAUCAAGGUGUAUCAAGGUGAACGUGAUAUGGCAGCCAACAACAAGCUUUUAGGACAAUUUUCACUGGUUGGAAUACCUCCUGCUCCACGCGGCGUACCUCAAAUUGAAGUGACAUUUGACAUCGAUGCGAAUGGCAUUGUUAACGUAUCGGCAAGAGAUCGAGGAACUGGCAAGGAGCAGCAGAUUGUGAUUCGUUCAUCGGGAGGCUUAUCGAAAGAUCAGAUUGAAAAUAUGAUCCGUGAAGCGGAAAAGAAUGCCGCAGCUGAUGCAGAAAGGAAAGAAAAAGUGGAAGUGUGCAAUCAGGCGGAGAGUGUUAUACAGGAUACAGAUUCCAAGUUAACUGAAUUCAAAAGUCAGGCUGAAGCGAUCCAUAAGAAGCUUGAUGAUUUGAGGCAGCUGCUUGCAAACAAAGACAACGAAACUACGGAGAAAAUUCGUGAGGCAAUUGGCUCACUGCAACAGCAGUCGCUGAAACUAUUUGAGGCUGUAUACAAGAAGAUGGCUGCUGAAAAUACGCAAUCUUCCUCAUCAGGCAUGUUAAUUGUUCUCAUUAGCUUACUGCUGAGUGUAUAG